GAGGGCGAGGGUAGGUGGCUGUCGCUGGACGCUGAGCUGGUCAUGAAGGAUGGAGAGGUGGUUGGCAGCCACACACCAACUGGCUUCAGUGUGCUGCUCGACUCGCGCUUCGAACUGCCUUACGAUCUGCAGGAGGGGGAGGCUAAGGAGUUGCAGCAGAAGCUGGAGGUUCUCAACAGCAUCAUGGAUCAGGAG